AGAAGGUCCAUGGAGUGUGUCUCAGUCUUUUCCACCACUUCUUCUUAUCCACGAUGCACUUUAAGACUUCAAUAAGAUGCGUGUGUGUUUGCAGAUAAUCGCGCUCCUGUUCGGCGCAAACUUUUCCGUCCAGCCGCUCGGAGCUCAGGAUCCCUCCUGUUGCCAGCAUGUAGCUGGGUUUUCACCAUGUAAAGAAGCUUGCGACCAGCUGGCCACAAUAAAGAGUGAGUCCCGCUUGAAGCACCUUCUGCAGAGGUUACCCAGCUACUGUCCAGAGUCCAUGGGUGAGCUGUGGACGUGCAUCAACUCCACGCUUCCUGGUGUGUCCCGGAAGUUGGACAGUUGGGUGGGUCUCGGCUGCUGUGAGCUAGCCAUCUCUGCAGAGUGUCGCCGGGAAUGCAAACAGGCGUCGUCCAAAAAUGACCUCACAAAAGUAUGCAAAAAAGUUACAGAGAACCCGCUCUACAGCUGCAUCGCCAAAAACGAAAUGGGCUCCACGUGCUGCAGCUACGCCGGUCGGCACACCACCUGCCGAGAGUACUGCCAGGCCAUCUUCAGAACCGACUCCAGUCCCACGGUCUCCCAGAUCACCGCCGUCAAAGAGUACUGCCAGAGCCACAGCGCUCAGGUGCUGGACUGCGUCAGCGACUUCACCAAGUCCUACCCCAUACGCAGCCCCAUUGAUAGUCUGUACUGCUGCGACCGAGCCGAGGCCACGCACUGCCAGGAGGCCUGUCGCCGAAUCCUCCGCACCAUGAAUACGGAGCACGAGAUCAUGGAGGGUUUAAUCGAGGAGUGUCGUUCCCAGCCGCUCCCUCAGGAACCCAUGUGGCAGUGCUUCCUGGGCAGCGCCCAACCACCCUCUCCCACCGAGGAAGAGACCCCGCAUCCAGCCAAGAUGGACUGUGCCAAGCUGCACUGCUGCUCCAAAGCCAACACCUCGCUCUGCAGGGACAUGUGUCAGGAGAUCAGCCACAACUGGGGCAGCCAGACCCGGCAGGACUUCGACCAGCUGUGUGAGUACAACCCUGUUGAAGCAGAGCUGCUCAACUGUCUGGCUGAUGUCAGAGAGCCGUGUCAGCUGGGCUGCAAGGACCUCACCUACUGCACCAACUUCAACAACAGGCCGACGGAGCUCUUCCGAAGCUGCAACGUCCAAUCCGACCAGGGAGCGAUGAAUGACAUCAAGCUGUGGUCCAACGGCGCGAUCAAGAUGCCGUUCAUGAGCAUCCCGGUGCUGGACAUCAACAAGUGUCUGCCCGACAUGUGGAAGGCAGUGGCCUGCUCCCUGCAGAUCAAACCCUGCCACAGCAAGUCCAGGGGGAGCCUCAUAUGCAAGUCCGACUGUAUCGAGAUCCUGACCCAGUGUGGAGACAGGAAACGCUUCCACGAGGGUCAGACGCCGGAGCGGAUCUGUGAGCUGCUGUCGCCCAUCGAUGACCCGGAACGCUGCAUCCCACUUCGCAGAUACCUCACACCCAGUCCUCUGGACAACAGCAUGGUUGAUGAAGUGGUCCACCCGUGUAACCCCAACCCCUGCCCCAGUAACCACGUCUGCCAGGUCAACAGGAGGGGCUGCAUGGACGAGUACAACUGUCAGCCGUAUCUCUGCGUCCCAGGUUGUAAACUGGGAGAGGCGUCGGAGUUCCUGGUGCAGCAGGACACCCGAAUCCAGGUGCCGACCCGCGCCGGGCCCGCUGGCUGCUACGAGGUCUGCAGCUGCAGUCCCAGUGGACGUCUGGAGAACUGCGUGGAGAUGCCCUGCGUGGACAUCGAAAGGCCGUGCAUCGUACAAGGACAGAGGAAGACUCAUGGAAGCACUUUCCGGGUGAACUGCCAAACCUGUUCCUGCUUCGGCGGCGACAUCAUCUGCUCCAACAGUGAAUGUCUGCACUCAGACAGCUCCGACGAUGACCGCCGACACUUCACAGGUCUCCCGUGUAAUUGUCCGGACCGCUUCGUCCCGGUGUGCGCCUCCAACGGCCGGACCUAUCCCAGCGCCUGCAUCGCUCGCUGCAAGGGCUUCAAGGACAACGAGUUUGUCUACGGCCAGUGCCGCCUCAACAACCCUUGUGCGAGGAAGCCCUGCCAGAGGAACCAGAGGUGCGUCCUGAAGUACAGUGUGUGUCUGAGCAACUCGUCCGACUGCCUGCAGUACGAGUGCGUGGGCCGGCAGCUCCCCUGCGACAAGAACAGCGUGGAGCCGGCCUGCGACACCGACGGCCUCACCCACGAGAGUCUUUGCCAGCUGCUGCAGAGCGGGAAGACCCUGGCUUUCAUGGGUCACUGUCAAAAUUCCUGCACGAAGCAACAGCUCGUGUGCGGCCACAACGGAGAGACCUACAGCUCCGUGUGCGAAGCCUUCUCCGACCGGGUGGCGGUGGACUACGAAGGCCCCUGUCAGGCCGUGGGCACUGUGGCCGCAGACUCUGCCUGCAGCAUGAUCACCUGCCCCCGACUCUCCUCGCCCGGCUGCCAGCCGGUCUACCCGCCCGGUGCCUGCUGCCCCAUCUGUGGGAACAUGCUGCUGAUCCUCUGGAACGAAGAGCAGAUGAACACAUUCUCCAAGCUGAACAGGAACCAGCCGGUGACCGUCCGUGGUGUCCUGCAGAUCCUGAGGCUCCAUGUGUCCGUGCCUCAGUGCGACGUCUUUGGCUAUCUCAGCAUCGACCACGAGCUGGUUGUUCUUGUCAUACCAGUGGAGGAGCACCCGACAGCCCUGCAGAUCGAAGCCUGCAGUAAGGAAGCGGAGAAGAUUGAUUCCCUCAUCAACUACGGCAGCCCCACGCUCGUCUCCCACGUACCCCUCUCUGCUUUCCUGGCCUCCAAGAUCCAGACCUCCUCCAUCCGCUCCUCGGCGGGGGCACCUGCUCCGCUUCACGCCGCCCUCUCUUUCAUCCUGUGCGUCUUUGCCACCAUGAGUCCACGCCUCACCGCCGGCUGCUAAGGUUUGGACUGACAGGCGGUUCAGGGAAUCUGUGGACGACGGCUGCGGCCGACUCACCUAAGCGUCUUACAAUCAAGAAGGUCAAAAGCUCUUAUCGCUCAAAAAGCUUCUACAAGGACAGUAUUAUGCAGGAUGAGCUUUAUAUUCCCUCAGUGUUCUGUGUGUGAGUGUGUGAGAGAGAGAGAUCUAUAAGAAGUGUUUAUACCAGCAGUAUUAAUCUAUUGAUUCCACAAGCUCAGCGCUGAAGGCUGUUAGAUCCAGGUGUAAAUGUGUUUCCUUUGAUGUGGCUUUGAUGUCACUUGAUGUAGCUCAGGCUUCAUUUUUUUGGGGUCGGAAUUGUUUUCUGUCCAGUAUUUGUGCAUGAAAGUGUUUGAACCUCAGCAGUGUUAGCGCGGCUGGCUGCCGUCGCACGGCUCCAAAGUCUGAUCAUGAUCUGACAAUCUUGUUUUGUUGUUUAGUCCAGUUUUGCCGAAUCACUUUAUCUGAUGUGGUGUGUCAGCGACGCCUUGGCGGACGGCAUGAAAGAACUGAGGUCGGUUCUUUUGGUUUUCUCUUGGAUUUGUCUGUCUUUGAGGGGAGAAAAAUGUCUGGAGAUCCAAAGUAGAUGUCGGGGUCUUGUUCACGAGUCCGGGAAGGAAGGGCGGAGCUUGUAGUCAAGACCAGGACCAAGACCCAGCCCAGCUCAGAAUACAGACGCAUCAUUCUAUUAGUCUUUCAGAGACUCACUUUUAUUUCUUUCUGCAAAAGAAACAGUUUUGAAACUUACUUACUCAAGAACUGAAAUGCAGUCAUUGGAACUAACUAGUAGUUUGUUUCGUAUUCAGUUUGGUCUGAACAGUCGGUGUGAUGUCUUCAGUCGUAAGCUCUCAAAUGACCCAUGUUGUCAAGAGUUGCUCGUUGAAGUUGCUCCGGCAUCUUGCUGAGAUGCCUCCUGGAAGCUUGGCAAGGUGUUCCAGGUAGCUCGGAAGACUCCCAGGACUAUGUUUCUUGUUUGACCCGAUAGCACCUCUUCAGUUAGGGAAGUGUUCUCUGAUGAGAUUUACUUCACCUGCUGCCCCCUGGACCUGACCUUGGUUGAAUCUGCAUCCAGUUUGCUUUCUGGGUCCUUGUACUGUUCCGUGAUCCCAUUUGCCCAUGAAGUAAAAGGCAGAACCUCUAUGGGUGCACAUGCAUUUUGGCAACCGAAGUGGAGCGAAGUGCAGUUGUUCCUCAAGAUUCCCAAAAGGGUUACCUACAAAAGACAGCACACUAUGAUAGAUGGAAGACAGAUCGCAGAAUACUUGCCUGUCAGCAAGCUGGUUCAAGCUUUGAAUCUAGCUCUGGACCUUUCUGGGCAGAGUUUGCAUGUUCUCCCUGUGGCUGUGUGGGUUUUCUGUGGGCACUCCGGUUUCCUCCCAUAGCCCAAAGACAUGCUCUCCAGGUUAAUUGGACAAACUAAAAUGACCUGUCCAGGGUGUUUUCUUGACCGCUGGGAUAGGCUCCAGCACUACCCGCAACCCUGAACAGGACUAAGCGCUGGUUAACUGAACUGGAUGUCUGUGUAGAUGGCGCUAAGAGCCACUUCCAUUGCCAAAAUGCACACAUUUUUUUGACGUCGCCGACUGUUAAACAGGUCUGUUGACCCCAUGGAUCAUGCAAACACUCCAAAACAAAGCUCUUGAUGCUGGUUCCAGUGAAGCCACCGGUGAACACCACCUCAGAUAAAGUGAGCCAGCGGUGGGUCUUUGAGGCCAGUAGUUUUCAGACGAAAGGGACCAGGCCUGUCUGUAAAUAUUCACUCAAGCCAUUCUGACAACCAAAGGACAAUCAAGCCAGUCGCUACCCACAGUCCAGUUCGGGUGUGAAUGAAGUAUUAAUGAAAAUGCAAUAACAUGAUAUUUUUGAAGAUUUGUCUUUAUGUUUUAUAUGUAUGUUCUCAAACAAUGUGUCUCCUUUAUUGCAUGAUGACAAUGAUGACUCGUACGUUGGUGUGUUACUGUGUAGGCAGCUCUGUAGCAGGGAACUCUCCUCUAGCGACGUGGUCUUUAUCAGUAUUUCCGGGACCUUUGAAGGAUUUUUCUAUUUAUUCCAUGUUACGUUUGAAGCCUCACCUCACAGACUAGAGCGAUCAUGUUUCACAGGUCGAAUCUUUGUACGAUUAAUCCUGCCACAUUACAACGUCUGUGUCGAUGAACUAUGUUUUCGCCUUCAGACUUUUAAGCAGAUGGAUUUGACACAAAUAUGCUAAUGGUUGGCAUCGAUGGAUUCAGGUUUGCUUUUCAUAUUGAUUUCCUGAAUGCUCUGCUGGAUUGUUUCAACAAUUCUCCUGUGAUUGUUCAGCGACGACGCAUAAACCAAUCACUCAUGGAAAUUAAAAGACUGACCCUUCUGAUGAAUUGAAGUGAAUUAAACCUUCUAUUUGUUCUCAGGCUGAUGCUGUGUAUACAGUUUUGCUCGCUGUUUUCAAAAGGAACAUCAUACAGACUACAUUGUUUUUUUAAAAAAAGUUUUUACACUAGACUGCAUAAAUAUGCUGUGGAGUGCCAUCAUGCAGUGAAACUGGUGACGUGCGUGCUCUCCUUGAGGCCCAUUCAUGCUCAGUGUUAUGUACAUUUCUUCCGUAUUUCUGCAAGUUUCCACGAAGCUUAGUGACACGGACCAAAUGGAGCAGUACCAGCUGUAACCACGGGGGCAGUGUUGCUGUUUCUACCCGAUGCAUAGCUCUAAUGAGGCAUGAAGCAGACAUAACAAUGGCGGAAAUCCCUUUACAAUUUCUCAUAAAUGGACCUUUAGCCUGUGCACCUCCAGUUGUGUGUAAAUGUAAAGAUCCCACUUUAAUAGCAGGGACCUAUAAAAUGCAUUUAAAAGACAUUCACUAUAGAUGUUUAAGACCCUAAAACUCCCAAAUCUCCAUCUUUGCCAGACUUUUUUUUCGGGCAGGAAAAAUUGGGUUUUCACCAAAACUUAUUGAAAUAUUCCUGUUUACAUGUAAAUGUGUAACUGCAGAAGAUGCGCAUUACUCGCUUUGGCUGAGUAAAGUACAGCAUCCACAUGUGGAGCCACAGCAACAAACACAAGGGUGUUGUCGCAAGGGUUAACUCAAGUUGAUGGAGUAUUACCACCUGAUACGUGAGUACAGUCUGGCAGUGGGGCUUGAUGUAUUUUAAAACAGGUUUCUAUCUGGCAUCAGUGUUACAAGCCUUUAAAAAUGGCUGCCCAACAUGAGUUCAUUCACUCAUUGUGCUGCUGAAAACAAACGGAUUUAUAUAUAUUUCUAUUUGGCUACUUAGCCAGCAGAUUGUCUCUUUCAUUGCUAAGGUGUCUGCGACACUAAAGUGCCAGCAUGUGAUAAGGACUGUUAAGAAUAUGGUGAUGUAUUUACCUCGGACUGAGUGUCAUUAUUAGUUAUUGAUCAACUUCUUGUAGGGCCGCACAGAGCCAGUAUCUCUGGUGAAUUAAAUGUCUUUGUUCCCUGAUAUCUCAAGUGUCUCUGCUAAAGCUACUGCAAUGUCAAUACAAGGAAGAAUAAGGAAUAAUAAAAAUGCAAUACAACACAUUUGUGUUUUGUUUCGACAUGCUUGUGUUCAUUCAAGAAGUGUGCGUACAAGACGGAGGAGUUCAGAGGGAGGUGGCAGGAUGUGCUGAAGGGCAGAGGUGAGCUGAGUGACUUGGGACAGGAAGACGGGCUUGAGUUUAAAUGGCGGAAGUUGAGGCAGGAAGAAUGUUUUUCAGAGGUUUGUGUUGGGAAAAUGCAGCCGUAAUGGUGGGGGAACUGCAAAGAAAGUGUAAAGUCUUCUGUCAGGGAAGAGGAAGGAGGACUUGGUGGUGGUGUGUCCAGUUCCAGAAAUGGAUCAGGAAGCAAAUAAACUACGAGAGAUGAGGAGAGUCCAGCAAAUGGCUUAGUGCAGUCAGGUAUCGUGAGUGGUAUGGAAGACUGGAAGGAAGAAAAAGGUGACUGGAUACGUCAAGGAACUAAUGAAUGAAGAAAGAGAAGAGGACUGGAAAAGGUGGAGG